CUCUUAGAUAAAAUAACUACUAACUCACUGACCUUACCUACCACUAAUACUAGCUACUACCGAAUCCCUCUGCAAAUGUAUGUUCAACAGUAUAAAGGGCCAUAUAUUACAAAACUUUAUUUAUAGGUUACGUCGGUUUAUUAUUUCUGCUGAUCUUUUUUCUUUGCUAUUUUGUAAACAAAUCAAUUAAUUGAAUUUUUAAUUUGUCUUUAUUAUAAUGUCUGAUUCGGAGGUAGUACAAGGAAGUACGUGUAAUUUUAUUUUUAAAAAACGAAAAAUUAAAAAUCAAGGUGCAAGGAAAAGACAAGCUUCAAGUUCAGAUGAAGACGCACCUGAAAAAGGAGAACAAUCUUUAAUUAAAUUCAGCAAACGUAAAAUUAAAUUAAAUCCAAAUGUACAAUCUACCAGUGGGUUACAAAAAUUAUCAAAAGUUACUGUUGAUAAAUCAUCUAGUAGCGAUGAAGAUAAUUUUUCUGUAAAUUAUAAAUCAAACAAAUCUGCAAUGCCUGCUGGACCUUCUGAUCAAGGAGCAACUGCCACAGUAGAAAUUGAUACAGAAAGAGAUAGAGAUGCUCAAGCAAUUUUUGAAAAAAGAUUGGAAAUCAAUAAAGAUCUUGAAGGCAAAGAAGAUGAUAAAGUUUAUAGAGGACUUAAUAAUUAUGCACAAUAUUUGAAACCAAAAGAUACUGCAGCAGGAAAUGCUAGCUCAGGUCUGGUUAGAAGAGGGCCUAUACGAGCACCAGCCAAUCUAAGAGCUACGGUGCGAUGGGAUUACCAACCAGACAUAUGUAAAGAUUAUAAAGAAACGGGUUUUUGUGGAUUCGGAGACAGUUGUAAAUUUUUGCAUGACAGAAGUGAUUACAAACAUGGUUGGCAACUUGAAAGAGAAUGGAAUGAAGGAAGUUAUUCAAGAGACAGCGAUGAUGAUACAAAAUAUGAAAUCCACUCAGAUGAAGAAGAGCUGCCUUUUAAAUGUGUUAUUUGUAGAGGAAGUUUUGUUGAUCCCGUUGUUUCAAAAUGCAAACAUUAUUUUUGCGAAAAAUGUGCCUUAGAAAGGUUCAAGAAGAACAAAAAAUGUUUUGUUUGUAACACUUUAAUAGUCAGUUUCAAUCCUGCCAACAAUUUAAUGGCUAGGCUAAAAAAGUUAGAUCAGGACGAGGUGAAAGAAGAGUCCGAUUUAUCAGAUUGAAUUUUUAAGAAAAUAAACCUGUUUUCUCUAUUUGUGUAUUUAUAAUUUUUAUCGAAAAUUGUUUAGUUUUAAUUCUACUUUUUCUUCUUCUAUUACCUCUUGUAUUUUGAUAUACAGCCGACUACUUGUUUACAAUUUCUAGGUGUCUAGGGUGUCUUGAAAUGUUUUUCUCUUUUCAAUACGGUAUAACUCCGCUAAUAAAAAAGUUAAUCAUUUGAAAUAAAUUUUAUUUUACAACGAUCAAAAUGAAAAAUUAUUUAUGGGAAAUAACAUUGUCGAGA